AUGCGCUUCUCACAUACUCAGCGACUUCCCUUCCUCCUCCUAUGCCUCCUCCGCGCCUCUCUCUUCGCAAACGCCGAAUAUGUACUCCAGACGACCUCGCUCAGCACCUGCCAGGCCAAUUCCGGCUUCUCCGCCAGCCUGUUCGAUGUCGUCUUCACGCCAAAUAACGACUCUGUCGCCGUCGACAUGACCGCCACCUCCACCGUUGAAGGCUAUGUGACCUUCGACAUCUCUAUCACCGCCUACGGCUAUGAGAUCAUGCACAAGACCAUCGAUCCCUGCUCGGCUGGCGACGGCUUCAAAGGUUUCUGUCCCAUGAGUCCCGGCAACCUGAACAACCCCUUCAAUAUCCAGAUCGACCCGAGCGCAAAGUCUCAGAUCCCUGGCAUCGCCUACACCUUUCCCGAUAUCGACGCGAAGGUUCGUGUGUACAUCAACAAGACAGACGGCAGCCCCGUCGCCUGCGUCCAGGCUGCCGUGUCUAACGGCAAGACUGUCGAUCUUGUCGGCGUCAAGUGGGCCUCUGCCGUCAUUGCCGGGCUGGCUCUUGCCUCCUCCGCCCUCAUGUCCGGCCUGGGCCACCAGAACGCUGCCGCUCAUGUCGCCGCCAGCGCCCUGUCGCUUUGCGGCUACUUCCAGUCCCAGGCCAUCAUUGGCCUCGUCGCCAUUCCCCUGCCGCCUUCCGUCCAGGCCUGGACUCAGGACUUCCAGUGGAGCUUGGGAAUCAUUAAAGUCAAGUUCAUGCAGAACAUUUUCACCUGGUAUCAGCGUGCCACCGGCGGUACUCCCGCCUCGCUGUUCGAUUCCCUGACGAAGUACUCGGUCCAGGUGCAGAAGCGAUCGUUGGCCCUGGAGGAGGUGCCAGCCGUCAAUGGCUUAUACCGGAGGGCCGUCGCGAUGAUGCCGCGAAGCGAAGUUACGGCGAAAGCGGCACGCCACCUCGCCAGAAUUGCGAAGCGUGCGGGCAACUACAAAAGCCCGUCCGGUGACUAUGUCGUCACGGGUGUCCAGCGGUAUGCAUACCAGGCAGGCAUCGAGACCACGAACUUUUUCUUGACGGGACUCGUCUGGUUCUGUAUAUUCCUGAUCCUGAGCGCCCUGGCCGUGGUCGCGUUGAAAUACGCCUGCGAGGGGUGCGCCAGGGCCGGAUGGAUCAAGUCAGACUCCUUCUCCGACUUCAGGCGGGACUGGCGUACUCACAUGAAGGGUAUUUUAUUCCGAAUCAGCCUGGUCGGCUUCCUUCCCAUGUCUGUUCUGUGCCUCUGGGAACUUACCCAGGGAGACUCUCCAGCCGAGAUGGUUUUGGCUGUCUUCUUCUUUUUGGGCAUCCUGGUGUCACUCAGCUGGGCGGCUUUUAACGUCAUCCGCAUGGCCAGGCGGUCUAUCGCGCUGCACAAGAACCCGGCCUAUGCUCUGUAUUCCGACACUCACGCACUCAACAAGUGGGGUUUCUUGUACAUCCAGUAUCGCGCCUCGGCGUACUACUUUAUUGUGCCAGUACUCAUCCACACCUUAUUCAAGGCCAUAUUCGUCGCCUUUGCUCAGAAGUCGGGUGUCGCACAAGCCGUUGCCCUGAUCAUCAUCGAAGUCACUGCCCUGAUCGGCACCAGCGUCCUGCGUCCGUAUAUGGACAAGUCGACCAAUGCCUUCAACAUCACUAUCUGCGUUGUUAAUUUCCUUAACGCUAUUUUCCUCCUCAUUUUCACCGACGUGUUCGAUCAGCCUGGCCUCAUGACUGGUAUCGUUGGCAUCUUGCUAUGGAUUCUGAACGCGGCGGUCACGCUGAUCUUGCUGCUCAUCUUAAUCAUCACUACCGUGAUCAUCUUCUUCAAGACAAAUCCGGAUGGCCGCUACCAGAUGGCCGACGACCGCACCUCCUUCAUGAAAUCACAGUCUGUUCUCAACACUACAACACAACUCGAUGCUCUAGCCGCCACCGCACGAGGAGACCACGAGGGCGGGUACAUCAAGGCUCGCAUUGAGGACGAGGACGAAGAGGACACUACGUCGUCCCGGUCCGACCUUCCGCGCCACCAUGGCGUCCCCCGGGUACGCGGACAUGGGGACAGGCGCAGCGGUACGAGUCUGGUACCGUCGGAGGAGCUUAAUGAAAAGGACGCAAUGGUCCAACGGCCAGUAUCAAUUCCGAGCACUGCAGACUCAGCCAGCCUGAGAGAUAUGCAUCGCGCGCCUGUGCCAGUAAGCCCCCUGGCUAGUGGAGCUGGCUCGAAUGGAGCCCACCAGCCACACAGCGCCAUUCCGGCGCAGAGGGGCGGUGAUCACACAGGCCCAUGGCAACGAGGCCUUGGCUACGACUCAUGA